UAUCGCUGUGACGUGCGUCACGGGGGCUAUCUUAUCUCCCUUCAACCUCAACUUCACCCACGGCCGCGGAUCGCCCGAGGCCGGGUCAUUCGCCCUCUCUAGGACGGACCCUGUACACUUAUAACACCAUGUCGCAGUGCUGGAGCUCUAGUUUCCCUCGGGUCUUAACUAGGAACCCGUCCUCUCCCCGACGGCACAACUUGCAAUGUCUACUUCUGCAUUCAGGCAACUCACAGUCGCCGUCGUAGGCGGCGGUCUCGGUGGUCUAUCGGCCGCAGUUGCUCUACGGCGGGCUGGACACAUCGUCAACAUCUACGAGCGCCGCGAUUUCAACGUCGAAGUCGGCGCCUCCAUCUCGUGUGCGGCCAACGGAACCCAGUGGCUGCGUGAAUGGGAGGUCGACAUCCCCGACAUGAAGCCGAUUGUGCUGAUGAAUCUCGUCAUGCGACAAUGGGAGACGGGCCGGGUUCAGAACGACUACAAGCUCGAGAAGUACGAGGAGGAGUGGGGCAACGUCUACAACAUGUUCCACCGUCAGGACAUGCACGCGACGCUUCUGAAGACGGCGACCUCUGUGGAAGGCAAGGGCACGCCAUGCACUGUGGUCGUAGAUCAUGUCUGUGAGACUGUCGAUCCCGAGGCUGGGACCGUCACGUUCAAGAACGGCGUGACCGUGUCCGCCGAUCUCAUCAUUGGAUCCGACGGUAUCCGGUCUGCCGUUCGCGGCCAGCUUGGCAUCGUACCGGACAUGAAAUCGGCACCUCAAACAUGUUAUCGCUGCAAUGUCCUGACUGAAGAUGUGAAGAAGCUGGGUCUCGUCGAUUAUUCCUACGCUCCGGCUAUACAAUACUGGGGUGGCGUUCCCGAUAAAAACGGUCGCUCGAAAUACUAUAAGAUUGUCAUGUCUCCCUGUUCUGGCGGGGAGAUUGUCUCUUUCUAUUGUUUCAUGCCAUCAGAACUCACAUCGCAUCAUGAAGAGGGCUUCUCUUUCAAGGAAGUUCCUGUCUCGGACAUCCUCGUGGGCCGCUAUGACACACUGGAUCCUGAUUGUGUUGCGCUACUGAAGCAGUCGAUCGACCGGAUGCCCUGGAGACUAUACGUCCACCAGCCUUAUGAGACUUGGGUGAAGGGCAAAGCCUGCGUCCUCGUUGAUGCUGCGCACCCGAUGAUGCCCCAUCAAUCGCAGGGCGCUUGUCAAGCUAUCGAGGACGCUGCCGCCCUCGGAAUCAUCUUCUCCGCCAAGUACGGCUUCACCAACGACAUCGAGAAAGGCCUGGCGCUGUACGAGACGAUCCGCAAGCCACGUGCGACACGCGUGCAGGCUGCCUCGGCCCGCGCUACGGAGAACCUCAACGAGCGGAUCGGGUUUACGAGCAUGACCGCCCCCGAUGCCGAGCUUGCUGCUGCUGAGGGCAAGUUGACCAUCAACGAGAUGAAUGGGUACAAGAUGCAUUGUCAUAUCGAGCAGGAAGUUGCCAAGUUGUAGAAAUAUACUGUACGCCUAUCUUGCAUUUAUUUAUUGAUCGUCGAAUUCUAUCCCAUCGGCUUCGCUCAGGCCGCUGUCCGAUUCUGAGCAAAUCGAAUGCCGUGCCAGAGGGGUCUUCGAGGUGUCGUGAUGCAUGACUUGGCUAACUGACUGCUUGACGGCAGAGAAAGCAGGACGAGAGUAAACGGUCAAAGGUAGACACAGCGUUCAAUCGAGAUGGAGAAGAGACCACGAUUUGCGCUCUUGACAGCGAAUAGCUAGCGAUCUUACAAAGGGGCAACGCAGAUACCUCGCCGCUUGCAUUCUGUUCGCAGUUUCUGUUACAGCCGGCAUAUCAGAUGUACAUCGUAGUGCCGAGGAUCUUGUCGUCGAGGUGACUGGCAGCAAGAGGGAUAGGAUGUCUUGAACAGAUGCAAAUGCAGCAAUCUGGCUUGAGCAAAUGUUGUCGAAAAUAUGAGGAUCGUUGCCUUGCUUGUCAAGGCUUC